AGGAAAGGAGGCGGUCCUUCCCCUUAGCAACGGGGACUUGUUUGUGGCUGUUGCUACGGGGAAGUUGGCUGGAGCUUGGCAGGCCUUCAUUCAGGUAAUUACACAUCACAGAGAUGUCCACCAUGGAUAACUUGGAAGAAAGUCUGAAGAAACUCAAGGUCCAAGUGGACAGCUUGGCCUCCAGUUUGAAUCAAGAGUGGCCUUUCCACUUUGAGUCUGUUGCUGAUUCCAGCCAUUUUGGCUCCAGUUGGCCAGUGGCUCUUGCUGGGAGCGUGGAGGACUCUGCUAUUGGAGAGCCACCAAAGUCAUCCACAGAGACAGAGUGGUUCUUAAAGCCAAAGCAUCUGCUCAGACCUUCAGAGAUAGCAAGCCUGGGCCUCCCAACCUUUGCCACGCCGCCAAUGAACCGGGUGGCUGGGCUACUGGGGAGUGAGAUCGUACGCCAGAAUAUCUGGCCCUCAAUGGAUCUCGCCUUACCUUUGAAGCUUGGCUCUCCGCAUGUCAUUGGCGUCAAGUCUUUGCUGCCCCCCGAAAUCCCCGUGAAAGGCCUCUGGCCAAAACAGAGUUCUUUCUCGCCAACCAGAAGCCGCUCGCUGAGCCUUGACCAUUCUGGGUCCAUCCGCAGCCGGUCAUUCUCUCCACCCACCAAACGUGCUCACUGGGUCCGAUCCCGCUCUCAGUCUCCGAGGCCGGCGUGGAGGCCCACCUCAGCUAAGGCCAACGCAUGUGCCCAGCCCGCGCCACAGCUCUCCAAGUCCAGUAGUAGUCAGAAGAAAGGCAGGUUGAGCAAGCAGCCACAAGCAAGGAUAUGCAGGUCAGGAACUUUAGCCUCCAGCUCCUGGUCUCCUAAGGCAAGGGGAACCCUCCACAAUGGAUGGAGUCCAUACAGUUUGCCUUCCGCUUCUAUCUCCUCACCUACAGCCCAGGAACUCAAUGAAAGGUUCCUUCAGACUCUGGCUGAAAGUGCCAUUGGGAACUCCCUGAUCGAGAUGUCUCCGUACCAGCAAGAGUUGGCUCGUCUCCGCCUGGAGCGCCUGCGUGUGGAAGAAGCCUGGUUGCUGGAGCUCAAGAGGCGGCAGGAACUGGAGCGGACCCGAGGACCCAAACCAAAAUGGUAUGAGAUGCGAAACUCUCAGUUCCACUACGAAGCCCGCAAAAAUAAUGAGCUUUUGAGAACCAGCCAAGAGGUGCCAUCGGUCUCCAAGUACAGGCAGGACCUCAUGACGGCCUCCAAGGAAUUCCUCCUGCAGCCUUCUUCUCAUUACUUAAGCUCUUCUAUGAUCAAAUGAAAAUGAGAUUAUGUGGACAAAUGCCCCAGAAACCUCACAAUAGUUGUGGUUCAAAGUUUCCUCUUGUCUGUUUUGACACAACAAAAAAUAAAAAAGGUGUUGAAAAUUGA